UGAAUCCACUGCACCCGCGGCACUUCCGUUCCACAGAAGGCGAUUUGCACGAGCACAGGCAGUGGAGAGAUCCAGACACAAAGGAGGUUCCUUCUAAUUUCUUGUCCAAACCGGUAUGUCGGAUAAGGAUUCGUGUGUCAGCACCAGCUCUUCGUCUUCUUCCUCCUCCAAUCAAAACAAACCGAAGGACACACCUUGCAAGAAAAGGGAGAGCAAAGCCAGUAUGAGCAAGACCUCCAAGCUGCUAUCCACCAGCGCAAAGAGGAUUCAGAAAGAGCUGGCAGAUAUCACGCUGGACCCUCCGCCAAACUGCAGCGCUGGUCCAAAAGGAGACAACAUUUACGAGUGGAGGUCAACCAUCCUGGGACCACCGGGCUCUGUUUACGAGGGAGGGGUCUUUUUCCUCGACAUCGCCUUCACACCUGACUACCCCUUCAAACCACCCAAGGUAACGUUUCGGACGAGGAUCUACCACUGUAACAUCAACAGUCAGGGGGUGAUCUGUCUGGACAUCCUGAAGGACAACUGGAGCCCCGCCCUCACCAUCUCCAAGGUCCUGCUGUCCAUCUGCUCUCUGCUCACAGACUGUAACCCAGCUGAUCCCCUGGUUGGAAGCAUCGCCACCCAGUACACGACAAACAGAGCCGAGCAUGAUAGAACAGCCAAACAGUGGACGAAGCGGUACGCCACAUAGGCCCAUAGAGCACAGCCGUGUGGGGGGGGGGGAUUUCUAUUUCAGAUUUUUAGUACUUUAUUGUCUGGUAUAUUUUUUGGGGUUCCUGAUUAAGUGAUCUGUGCAAAUAUGAAAAUAAAGAAAAACUAUGAAACAAUA